UCUCUGACAGUCAGCCAGCAGUCAGCCAGCAGUCAGUCAGCUGUCAGCCAGCUGUCAGCCAGCAGUCAGCCAGCAGUCAGCCAGCAGUCAGCUAGCAGUCAGUCAGCAGUCAGUCAGCAGUCAGCCAGCAGUCAGUCAGCAGUCAGCCAGCAGUCAGUCAGCAGUCAGCCAGCAGUCAGUCAGCAGUCAGCCAGGAAUCAGCCAGGAGUCAGUCAGGAUGGAGCCCACACCACUCUACAUGCUCUUUCUGUCCAGUGUCUUCUGUUGUCGACCAUCUCAGGUAUUAACAAUCCCUUAUGAGGCUACACAAACAGCAGUCUCUCUGAGGAUCAGUCCCAGCAGAUCUCAGUUCUUCAAGUAUGAGUCUGUCUCCCUGAGCUGUGAGGAUCAGGGGAGCUCUGCUGGAGGGAGGGUGAGGAGGAACACCACUAAGAGAUGGCUGGAGGAGUGUCCUGCUGACUGGGGUGUUGCUACAACAGGCUCCCCCUGCUCCAUCCAAGACACGUUCCCACAUGACAGUGGAGUGUACUGGUGUGAGUCUGGCUCAGGAGAACACAGCCCCUCUGUCAACAUCACAGUACAUGAACAAGGUGUGAUCCUGGAGAGUCCUGUCUUCCCUGUGAUCGAGGGACAAGCUGUGACUCUACGCUGUCUAUACAAAGACAAGGAAGCUACAAAACCAUCCUCCAACUUCACAGCUGCCUUCUACAAGGAUGGAUCUCUGGUCAGGACUGAGGCUGCAGGAGAGAUGAACAUCCCUGCUGUGUCUACAUCUGAUGCAGGGUUGUACAAGUGCAGCAACUCUGAGCUGGGAGGAUCUCCAGAGAGCUGGCUGGCUGUGAGGGCACCACCUCCUGCUCCAGCCCCCCUGCUGUCUCUGCCCAGACUGCUGUGUAGUAUCCUGGUGACCUGUCCCUACCUGGUGGUCACUGCCCUGCUGCUGGAGAUGUGCUGCAGGUCCAGAGGUGAGACCACAAGACAGUCCAGGAGAGUGUGUCCAGGUGGGACUUUUAAUGGAGAAGAGGAACUGUGAUGAUGUCAUAGAGUGAACAGUUCAGUAUUUGAACUGUCCUAGCUUUAGAUGGUCAUUCUGGUUCUUCAAAUGUCAUUUAAUAUACUUUUGUCAAAGUGUGUGUAUGUGCGUGUGUAAGUGUUUAUGUGUUUCAUAUUAAUAAAAAAGUUGAAAUCAAAACACUCUGGAUGUU